AUCUAAAUUGGAUGCAAAAAUUGAUUCAUUGUAGUACUAAAAAAUUCAAGCCCAUCCUGCACACAAACAAUCAACAACAAACGAGAUUUUUUUUUUCCACCACCUUCUUUCGAAAUAGGAGAGAAUCAGAAUGAGGAAACUAUAAUACACGUCUUAAAAGGUGUUAUUUAUAGACAUAUCCAUAUUGGUGUUAGCAUAUCAAACAGGUUUAGUUCAUUAUUGAGUAUCAUCUGUUUAUCAAUUGAUAAAUUUAUUUGAACUCUGAGGUGAUUGAAAGUAACCAGGAAUCGAUUCAUCCCUUAUCGCCAUCAGAUCAUUUUUCAUCCCCUAUUGCAUUUAUCUAAUAUUUAAUUUUAAUUUAUCAACCAUGGCUCCCCCAACAACUCCAGCAAUUACAAGUCCAGUAGUACAAUUGAAGAAGUUGGCAGGGACUCAACAAUUCUAUUGGUUUCUCGGCCAUGUGCUUGGGAUUCUUUUCUUUGUUCUUAAUUUCAUUACUUCAUUCUUUUCAACUCGAUUAGCAUUAAGAUAUUAUCGAUUUACUUUAUUAUCAAUUUUUGUUACUUAUAUCAUAGUCAUUAAACAAAUCUUUUUCAGAAAUAAUAAACUUGAAAUCAAAUCAGUUACUAAAUUUCUUAAUGAUGAUAAUGUUCAAUAUUUUGGUUUAGCUAUUAUAUUAUAUUUAUCAAGUUUUAAAAUUGGUAUUACAUCAGGAGCACUUUAUUCAUUUGUAAUCUUUUCAGUAUUUCAUGUGUUAACUUAUUUUCAAAACAAUUUAUUGAAAGUUAGCGUAUCAAAUGUUAGAACUCAACAAUAUUUAAAUUCAAUUAUUAAUCAAUUCACUUCAGAUUAUAAUGAAAGAGCAUUAUUUUUGGCUGCAAGUUCAGAAGUUGUUUUAUCAUUAAUGUCAUUAUUUCAAUUGAUUCCAACUAUAUUGAUUAAUUUAUUAUUUAAAUGGGAAAUAAUCUUUGUAUUUGUGAAAUUAAUAACGAUAUUGGCUAUCGUUGUAUUUACAAAAUUAAGAUUUGAUUCAAAUAAAUAUACUAAAGCUGUCAUUCAAGAAUAUGAUCAAAGAGCAAAUCAAUACUUGAUUAGAAUCCCUCAAUUGAAUCAAUUAUAUAAUGGAUGGUUAAAAGGAGAAUUCAUUCCAAAGUAUGUUCAACCAAUUAAGGUUCCAGUUUAUAAAGAAGUGAGUAAAAAGACUCAAUAAAUGAAUGAAUAAGUGAAUGAAUUUAUUCAUUCAUUCAUUCAAUCAAUCAAUCGUGGUUUUGACUUAUUACUCAAUCAAUCUGGAUGUGUCGUGGUCACUUUCUUCAUUCUAAGUUUAGAUGAACUGGCAUCUAGUAUGCCUUUCAAAUGUCAUCAGUUUCUUAGUUAUGUUUAUUUUAUUGUGUAUUUUAUACAGUAACUGUUUUACUUUUUAAUUGUUAUUUCCAAUUCUCUGUUGUUUAGUUUUUGUUUUUAUUAUUUAUAGUUUAAUAAGUAUUUAUAUAAUAAUAAUAUAUUUAAUUCAUUUAAA